UGCCACGGGCGACGCACAUCGUCAACUCGCCUCCGCCAAUCACAGGACGGGAUAUUGCAAACGAGCCAAUCAGAGGGGUCGUUUGUCAAUCCAAACAACCGUCCGCCUCACAGACAAAAGUCGAGAUUUAUCUGGGAAAACAUGUAGCUGGUGACUUCGCACGGUGCUAAUGAACGUCCAACUAUUGUUUAACAUCUAUUUGACUGGAUGCUCGUUGAAUGUAUACACGGUAUGAAUGUUGUGACGUCUCGGAAGAAUGAAAACCCGGGAUUCACCGCCGCCGGUCCAUGUCCAUGUACCGGAGACCACACCUGUACAUGUUCAUAUGAGGAGGAGUCCCAGCAAGACCCCACAGAAUAGGACAAAUGAUGCCCAGGUGAUGGGAAAUGGAGUGAGGCCGAAGGUGCGGACUCCAUGGAUUCCUCCAGGAAGACUGUCCUGCAGAAGAGAUAGAAGCACAGUGCAGCAUCAGUCAGGAAGUGGAAUCAGACAUCGGCGGGAUGAAGAGGAGCAAGAGGAGGAGCUGGCUGCAGUAUCCAAAAACCUCAGUAUCCUUCUCAGGGAGCAAGAAAGCAGUCACCGCAAGAAGACAGAUUCUAAGGGUCACCCACACAGAGGGACAGACACGCUCCUGAGGGCACUCGUAGAAGCAGAAAUCGAUGGUGUAGCAGUAGCUAAUCAGCUCACAGCACUGAAGGAAAUUAUCGACAGCUUCACAAAGGAUAAGCGGCUAUCAAAACUGAAUGCCGCAUCACUUGGACGGCAGCAGGAUUUAUUGUUAGAGAAGAUAGAGAUGUUCGACCACACCAAUCACAGCCUGCGCGAACUCCUCAGGGAGUGGAGUGAACACGAGAGGGAAUCACUGAUGUGGUUAGAACAGAAAGAUGCUAUAAAGAAGAGAAUGGCCGACAGUGAUGCAGAGAACAUUCGACUUUUGGCCAAACUCACCAACAAGGAGAAAGAGGUGUCUAAGCUCACUGAACGUUUGGACUUUGAAAAGGACAACAUGAAGACAGCGGAGGAGCUUUCAAGAUUUUUGCACUCAACCCGCGACCAUCUGGAGUCUGAGCUGAGCAGAAGCGAAGCUGAAAAGGCCCAUCUGGCUGCUGAGAUUCAGAGGAUGCAGCAGAGCCAGGAGCAGCAGCAGGAUGAGCUGCAGGCUCUGCAGGAGGAGCUGCAGACUCUGAAGCGGCAGACGGAGAAAGAAAGGGAGGAGCAGGGGCUGCAGGACCAGGAGGUGCUCGCCCUGCUGACCCAGCAGGCAGAACAAAGGGAAGAGUCCGCCAGGCAGCUUGCAGUAAAACUGCAGGAGAAGGAGUCCCAGUUGGCUCAGGCUCUGUCCACCUCCAGUGACUGGUGCCUCCGCCACUCUAAAGAGGCAGCUGCUAAAGGACAGCUGGAAGAGGAGAUUUCCGCUCUCAAACUUCAUGUGAGUGAGCUGAACUCUCAGCUUCACUCAGUGGAGGAGAGGAGUCGGCUGGAGAGGGAGGAGCUCAGGGAUCAGCUACAUCGUCUCAGCACUGAAAACACCUCCGCCAAGCUGGACAACCAAAGACUCAAGGGUCAGCUGACGUCAUCUGAGGAGAAGCUCAGAGGUUUGCAUGCUGAAGCCCGUCAGCUGAAAUCGUCAAUCAAAAAGCAGGAAAACCUGGUGGAGAAAUACAAGAAGAAGGUCCAUCAGGCUCGUCUGGAAUCUGAGGGUUACUGCUUGAAGCUGGAGAUGACACAGAAUGAGGCACGGGAGAUGAAGGUAGGCCUGGAGAGGGAGAAGGAGCAGGUGAGGCGGGAGCUGCUGGGCCGGCUCAGAGAGCUCGAGGCGCUGCCCAACAGACUGAGGAGGACCGAGCAGCAGCUCAGAGACGUCCAGCAGGAGGCCGAUGUCCACGAGAGGAGGAACAUGGAGCACAACUCCGCCCUCUCUGAAGUCAGACACAAGGUGGAACAGCAAGGCACUCAGCUGGAGACGCUUCAGCAGAGGAACAUGCUGCUGCAGGAGGAGAACAACAUUCUUAAAGAGAAAAUUCACAACUUGGAGAGGCUGGAGGAUGCGAAGGCAGAAAACAAAGGGUUGUCUCAGGCUCUCUCCUCAAAGGAAGCUAGCGUCCAGUAUGUUCAACAGCAGCUGGAGGAGAAGACCCGAGAGUGUAGUGUCCUGUCCCGACAGCUACAACAAACUCUGGAGGACGCACAGAAACAGGUAGACGACAGCAUGCACAGGGUUUUGGCUAAAGAGAGAGCAUCCCAGUCUAAAGCCUUAGACCUGCAGAGCCAACUGAGCCGAGCCAAAACAGAGCAGAGUCAAUUACAGCGAAGCAAGGAGGAGAUGGAGCGUCGUUUCCAAAGUCAGCUGCAGAACAUGAAGGACAGACUGGAGCAGUCAGACUCUACAAACCGCAGCCUGCAGAACUAUGUUCAUUUUCUAAAAACCUCAUAUGGAAACGUGUUUGGUGACUCUUUGCUCCCAAGCUGACCAGAAAACAUGACCAGGAUUUACACAUUAUAGUAGAACUAAAUUAAGUUUAUUGAUAACUAGUUUGACUUGAGAGUAUUAUAUACUGUCUAUGAAAUUAAUAAAGCUUUUCUUUUUUAAUAAAA